AUGAGUUUAGUUUUGGAUUUGGAAGAAGAUUGUGAUGAUCAUAUAUUGUUGCCACCAACAAACUUUUAUGCAGUGGAACAUAACUGCAUUUACAGGUCUGGUUUUCCUCAGCCAACCAAUUUCUCUUUUCUCAAUUCACUCAAUCUACGCUCUAUCAUAUACUUAUGUCCAGAACCAUAUCCAAAAGCAAACGUUGAAUUCCUUAGAAUAAACAAUAUAAACCUUUUCCAGUUCAGAAUAGACGGCACUAAGGAGGUGAUUAGCAGUGAUAUUAUAACUGAGGCUUUGAGAGUAAUCAUUGAUGUUAGAAAUCAUCCAGUUUUAAUUCACUGCAAACGUGGAAAACAUCGAACUGGUUGUCUUGUUGGUUGUUUAAGGAAAUUGCAGAAGUGGUGUUUGAGUGAUGUGGUGGAGGAAUACAAGCAUUUUGCUGGCAUUAAGUGGAGGGAAACUGACGUUAAAUUUUUGGAGAGCUUUGAUGUUUCUUGCACAUAA